AUGCGAGUGCUGGCCGACGACGAAAGCCUUGGAAAGAGUGUUACACGCUAUGGAGAUGCGGAUGUUAAGGUGGACAAUAGGUGUAACGCUAAAAGAGAAAGUAUCCAACGACACUGUCCAUCCAUCUUCGGCGUCGUCCCGAUAACUGAGAAGAUGAAGGAGCCCCGACUGAGAUGGUUCGGUCACGUCUUGCGGCGAGAGGAAGAUUCUGUGGCCAAAACCGCACUGAAGCUCGACGUUUCAGGAGUGAGGCCGCGUGGGAGACCAAAGAUUCGCUGGUUAGACCGUGUGAAGCUGGACAUGAUAGAUGCGCGUUUAUGUACGGCUGCUGCAAUGGAUAGAACCAAGUGGAAGACAAGAAGGAGAAAGGCGGACCCUUAA